UUGAGUUGUAAACUUUGAUUUUUUGCUAAUAUUUGCAAUGUCCCAGCGACCGAAAUAGCCCAAAAUCAGCGGAAAUGGAAGUCGAGCAGUCGUCAAUCAGAUCUGACUCUACAUGCGAGUUCCUGGACGCCGAGGGUGAUCCGGAAGCAACCGAUCCGGAAGCGAACCUGUAUCAGGAGGCGGAUCAAGACGACCCAGAGGCUGAGCAGCAGCAGAACCAUAGUAUUAUCUCUGAGCUAAGAGAUGGCCUGGGCAGGGGCGACGGCAGUACCGCCCUCAGUCCGGAGCCCGGAGGACAGGCUAAGGGAUUGGCUGCCUCCGUGGAAUCCCUGGCGUUGAGCACUUCCACAAGUGCCAAGACCGAGGAUUCCAGCAGCGCCUUGGAGGAGGAGUACGACUAUCAGCAUGACAACCUGUGGCGGGGCCAAAAGAAGCACAUCUUUAUACUUAGCGAAGCGGGUAAACCGAUCUUUUCGCUGCACGGUAACGAAGACAAGCUGGCCACGCUGUUCGGUGUAAUCCAGGCGCUGGUGAGCUUCGUGCAACUGGGUCAGGAUGCCAUAACGUCGAUACAUGCGUCCGGCAUCAAGUUCGCCUUUAUGCAACGAAGCUCGCUCAUCCUGGUAGCAGCCAGCAGGAGCAACAUGAGCGUCCAGCAGUUGCAACUGCAACUGGGGGAUGUCUACAAUCAAAUACUGUCCAUAUUGACGUACUCACACAUGACAAAGAUCUUCGAGAAGCGCAAGAACUUUGAUUUAAGGAGAUUACUCUCCGGCAGUGAGCGUUUAUUUUACAAUCUGCUGGCCAAUGAUAGCACAAGUGCUAAAGUGUCCAAUAACAUCUUCACGUUCCUGACCAAUUCUAUACGCGUCUUCCCAUUGUCCACAACGAUACGAUCGCAGAUCACCAGCGCCAUUCAGAGCAACUGCUCAAAGAUUAAGAAUCUGGUCUUUGCGGUGCUGAUAGCCAACAACAAAUUGAUAGCUCUUGUCCGCAUGAAGAAGUACUCAAUACAUCCGGCUGACUUGAGACUGAUCUUCAAUCUAGUGGAGUGCUCCGAGUCGUUCAAGAGCUCCGAGAACUGGUCGCCCAUCUGCCUGCCCAAGUUCGAUAUGAAUGGGUAUUUGCAUGCGCAUGUCUCCUAUUUGGCGGACGACUGCCAGGCAUGUUUGCUUCUCUUGUCCGUGGACAGAGAUGCCUUUUUCACACUAUCAGAGGCCAAGGCCAAGAUAACGGAGAAGCUGAGGAAAAAUCACUGUUUGGAGGCCAUCAACGAGGAGCUGCAGGUGACCUUCAAUGCAAAAUUGUACCAACAGGUUGUGGGCAUACCCGAGUUGCGGCACUUCCUCUACAAGCCGAAGACAACGGCUCAGCUGCUCUGCCCGAUGCUCAGGCAUCCGUACAAGUCGCUGGAGGAGCUAGGGCGCCUAGAGGCCAUCUAUUGCGAUCUGCUGCACCGUAUCCACAACAGUGCCCGGCCGCUGAAGCUUAUCUACGAAGUGAAGGAGCGCGAGGUGGUCUUGGCCUGGGCCACCGGUACUUACGAGCUAUAUGCCGUAUUUGAGCCCGUGGUGGACAAGGCUACCGUGAUCAAGUAUGUGGACAAGCUAAUCAAAUGGAUUGAGAAGGAGUACGAGGUGUACUUUAUACGGAACCAUGCCACAUUCUAAUACGUAGACCGAGCAUUUUGUGAGAAUUGUGAGAUAAGUGACUAUUUUUAUAUAUUGUACUCCUGCCAGCGAGUCUGUUGUAGGGAGUAAAUCCUGGACGAUGAAGAAGUUGUUGUGUUGCAAUUCUGUGACGGCGUCUAUUUAACUGAUCCUUGUAUACCAUAACUACACAUGUACAUUUGUAAUGUAAGCCUCUAAGUAAAUUCGAAAAUCUAUGAAGCUUUGGGUAUUA